GUGACAGGAAGCACAAUUUAUUUCUGCCUCUCCAUUUAUAACACCUAUAACUUACAGCACAAUCAUUCAAAAACAGAUUAUACACUGGCAACUCUAUAGAGAUAAAAAGUCUUGAGGUAAAACAAUAUCCAAAUCUGUAAGAGUACAAAGGUGUAUAAAAGGAUACUGAUAUAAAAGUUCAUUUAAAAUAGGAUGUUUUAAUUCACUUGUUUCAUAGCACACUCAGCUGGGCACCAUCCUGGGCAAUCUUCUUUAUUCUAAGUAUUAUAUCAUUUAGAGGAGGGGGAUUAAUUUGUAAAAUUCCAAAGCCAUUCAAAAAGUUGUAUAUUGAUUAAAAUACGAGACGGCGCAAGCAUUACACUAAGGAAGAAGGGAUGGAGAGGGGAAAAUGCAAAUAUGGAAACUUAAGCACAAGUUAUAGUUGCUUAAAAUAGCCCUCUUGAACUGAAACAGUUGAGGGAGGGGAGGUAACAAAUAUUCAGUGGGAAAUGUUUGGGUGUAAAUAUACAUGGAUUGUGUAGCAAUUGUUUUUAUGAUCAAACUGGGAUUGUAACUAGAAGCUAUCAGUGAAAAUACCACAGUUCCUGUGUUUCACUUUUCCAUUAUUAUAGAAAAAAAACAUGCCUGAACUUGGUGCUUCAAUCUAUGAAAGAGUCUAUUUCUUAUUGCUGCAUGAGACCAGAAAUUCAUUUAGCAUGAUAUCUUUGAUGGUGCUCAAACUGAUGCUGGUUCUCUAAACCUGUUGUCCUGCCUGGAACUAUAAUACUAAACCCACUUCGCAGUAAGUGUGAGUUAAAGAGGAGUGGCUACACUUUUAAUAAAAAGGAGCUGUCACAUAGGAUAAUCCUAAUAGAUUUAAGCAAAUGUGCUCAGGGAUAAGUUCCUAUGUGGCUAAGAGUAAGUAAUGCUGUACCUAUAUAUAGCUGGCCAGGGUGAAGGGGGAGGGCUAGGUGCGGGAGCAUAGCAUAGACUCAUUUGCCGUCCAGCAGUGGAAGCCACUAAUGAGCUUCCAGCACCUCUCCAGAGCAAAGCAUUAUUAAAUAAGCCCCCCCAAAAUUGGGUUGGCAAUUGAUCAAGCAAUGCCAGUUUCGAUCCUUUGCCAAGAACACCAUCUCAUUUGGCUCACCUUGGAAGAGGUAAGUAGAGGUAAGACAGCAGCUGAGACCAAAUGCAGUCAGCCAGAAAUGAAAGGGGGGGGGGCAUACAUGCAACAGCAGACAGGGAAGGGGAGGGAGGGGAUACGAGACAUCAAUCCAUGCUCCAAAGCUGUUUGAUAUCAGGGAAGCUGGAAAAAUAAAGGAGCGCAUCCCACUCCAAAUCCUCCCAUGAAAAAGCCAUUUGAGGUCCAAGAAAAGUUCUGCUGAGCCAUCUUAGUUACUCAGCUAAAACUAAAAAACAAAACAAAACAGAAAUUUAGGAGUAAGAACUGAGCUUUUGUCCACAAACUGAUUGGUACGGUAUAUCUCAGCCACUAUGUGGGAGUUAAUCUGUAAUGUACCUGGUGUGGGGAGGGGGCCGUGAGUCAUGUCGGGAAUUCCACUGGUGGCUUCUAGCAAAAGAGCCACCUUUGUCACUGCAGUUCUGAGCCAAUAGAGAAGGCUAAAAUGUAUGUUUUGUAGGCAUCAAGUCCCACAUUCUGUUCCUGCUCUUUCUAGAAAUGGCUGGGAAAGGAUCUGACCAAAUGAGUGGAAAGUUGUUGCCAAUCAAUUUUAAAUGAUAUUAAAUUAGAGCAUGGUGGAUACUUCUGAGAGGGUCAGCUUUCUGACCUACUGAAAGCCUGCAGGAGACCAUGUAGUGACGUAGUAAAUUCACAGGAGGUGUAUGGCUGAAAUUUUUGGACUUUGGGGAGAGAAGCGUUUGUAGAUGUGGUUUAAAGUGGGAAUGGAGUGGGUGGCCUCUGGGAGGCAAUUUACUACCGUUCCUACUCUUAAUUUCCCCCCAGACUGAAAAACAUUCUGCAAUUGUGCUGUCAAAUUCCAGCAGCACAAACUUGGAGUGGUGGCAGGGAGAUGUGAAGCGUAUGAUUGUCCACCUAUAAAGAUCACUGGUAUAAGUCACUGGUAAAAGGCAACUUCCUAUGUUUUAAAAGCCAGGAAAAAGUUUAUAACAGAGAAUACAGCCAUUCUAAAGCAACUAUAAAUUUAAACUGAAAUAAUUACUACUACUCAGAAUUUCCUAAACAUAGGCAUCCACAAGGGGACAAGGGGAAACAAAGGACCAAAUGUGUGUUAGGAUGUUGAGAUAUACCAUGUCCAACAUCAGGAUGCAAAUACAAAAUGCCAGGGUUUUCAUCACAGUUUGUAGCAGAUGUCUAUGUCCUCUACAUCUGAGUACCUGAAAAUAAGAACUGCAGCAGUUCUGCCAAAGAAAUGUAGAAGAAAGAAGAGUAGCAUCAUUAACCUGUCACCUUGUUAGAGAAGACCACAGCCAUAAGCAUAUGGAUCAAGAAUAGUGCCAGGAAUUCGCUCAUUUUGGCAGCUGCCAAGUUACCAGAAUUUUCAGAGGAGCAACAACCGCUGGGAGCUCUGAGAGACAGUCUGAGAGUCAACACUGAUAGCUAGAGUUUCUCAGGACAGAGAUAUCAAGUAUGUCAACAGCCGACAAAAUCUCAGCCUCAAGACCAAACAGUGCAAGGCAAAGUCCACUGAAGCGUGGGAAGGGUGGCAGAAGAAGUGCUGGAAUUAAACUACAGUGAGUUAAGAAUGGACUGCAUUUUCGUGUUGACAAAAGCCAAUCAGUUAGAAUGCAAUAAGGUUUCUUAUUUAGUUGUGCUAUCAGUGUUUUUCAAACUAGGCAACUUUAAGAUGUGUGGACUUCAACUCCCAGAAUUCCCCAGUUAGCAUGCUGGCCAUCCAAGAGUCUUCAGCCAAGCUCAGGUCUAUGACCUUUGUCCAGCCCUGCCAAGCAGAGUGUCUGGGAACUACUGCUGAGUUUCUGUCAGUGAACCCAUGUUACUUUAUAUCUCCCCUACAAGUAGUGGCUGCAAAGAACAGCUGCCACUGUUUCCAUUAAUUUAUCUGUUUUCUCUCUCUUUGUGAAGAUCUUCCUGCUCACUCUCCUCUUUUGGGACAAUAAGACUGUCAGGGCUGGUCCCCUUAGAGUUGCCCAAGGCAAUGAAUGGACAAAGAUAAUUUCUGCUACUGCUUGCUUGCACAUGUGUUCUUCCUCUGGUGCAGCAGGGCCCAGUGAGGUGGGUAGCAGGACCAGAAGAACCAUUAGAAAACAAGGUCCUUCCUUCCAGUCUCUCCAAGUCUGCCAUUGCUAUUCCCUGUCAUUCCUUGAUUUACUUGAGGCUGAUCUGUGCUGGUCUUUAGCUCAAUGGAGCCCAGUCAUGCCAAAUGGCACUGUCAGCAUUCUUAUUUCCUGUGAGCUUCCAGGGGGCUCCCCUCGUUUCCAGUGUAAAACUGCUCGACUAUACAAGAAGUCCAAGCACUUGGCACACAGGUGGCGUCAAUCGGCGAUGUCUGCUUCUAAAUUUCCCUUGGCCCCAGGAGAAGAAGAUGACGGGGGCUGCUGCCCCAUCCCUGCCGUGGAUCUCUCUGUUGGUUGGGACCAACCCGCCCCGCCCCACCCCGCCCUGGGGAUCAGGUGACAGCGGAGGGUGGAAUUUGACACCAGACUCGGCUAGGCGCGGAGAUGGAGCCGGUCCUUUUCUCCCUCCCAGAGGCCGCCUGGACUGGAGUUCUGCCGGUCACGAGUCCGAGUCCUGCAGGCUGUGCCCCCCCCCGGCGGAUUUCCUUGCUGCGCGGGUUGAGCGCGGGCCGGCGUGGAUGGGAGUCCCUGGAUCGGGGCCGCCCUGCCGGUUCUGCCCAGGACCUGAGCCGCUUUAACCCGAACUUUCCCCGCAGGAGGGCGCUGAGCGCGCCGGGCACCUGCUGGCCAUGCUGGCGACGUGAAGGUCGGAUACUUAGUGGAACGAUCCUGGGAAAGCCGGGCCAUGGCCCCCGGGGCCGGCUGAACGCAGGAGCUGCCGUGGAGCCGCCGUCGCCGGGAGGGAGCGAAUUCGAUGCCCUGGAAGGGCCGGUACCCGAGGACAGAGGGAGGUGCUUCACGGCCCGGAUUCUCGGAGCAUGGUCCCCGGAGAGCCGCGCGCAGCAGAAGGCGCCCGAUCUGUCGAGACGGAGCGCACGGAUGGAGUGGAGAGUUGAGGGGUCAAGGCACAGAUUAGACAGACCUCCCUCUGCCUGCAGGAGUUUGCCUAUCCAACAAGCACGAUCCAGGGAGCAGGGUUUGUGGGGUACCAUUACUCUACUGUCACUGUUUGCUGGGGCAGUCAUGGCAAGUUCAGAGACCUGGUAUCAUAACCAGACCUUGGGAGCAGCUUCUGGAAGCAUGGGCUCUGCCAGCUCUGCCUCUGUAGAGGAAAACAGCAUGGAAACACCAUCUCUGGCUGUGUGGAACCACUGGCAUGGGGAAAACAUGACCAUACAAGAGCUGAGCACAUCGGAACUUCUCAGGGCUGAGCGUUCCCCAUCAAGCUCCAGCAGUGCCAGGAAAGGAUCCAGGAAGGCUGGACGUGCUAAUCGUGGCCGCUAUUGUCGCUUACAUAGCCUCAGAAUGAAAGUGCGGGAUCUGGGGCUUGGCUACGAUUCUGAUGAGGUUGUUAAGUUCAAGUAUUGCAGUGGGUCAUGCCAGCGUACCCGCACUAACUAUGACCUAACCCUGAGUCACCUCAUAGAGCAACAUGCCAUUGUGCCUGGGCCUCAUGAUCAUUCCCCUUUUUCUCAACCCUGUUGCCGACCCACCCGGUAUGAGAACUUCUCUUUCAUGGAUGUGCACAAUGUCUGGAAGACUCUGGACAAAGUUUCAGCAGCAGAGUGCGGUUGUGUGGGCUGAAAGUGCUAUCUGUUCAGAGCUCAUGGGGUCACUGAGUUGACAUAUCCAUGUUCAUGCUACAGAGAGAUCAUAAGCCUGCUCUUCCUGUAAGUUGUGGCAGGAGGAGAAAUAAACUCCAUGAUGGAGCUUUCCAGUCCAGAUGGGAGGAAUGAAUGGACAGUUAGUAGGAGUGAAGCAUGGUGGUUGGCCCAAAUAUAUCUUGGCCUUUAGAGAGCAUUCACCCAUCAUCAAUGAUAAAAUGGUCAGACUGCCGUUAGCUAUGGAAUGGGCAUUUCUCCUUUAAAGAUUGGUCCAUUAACAGUGUUAUGAAUCUGCUUACCUAUCAAGCCUUUUCUCCCACUGAAGAAAAAGCAUUGGAAAUUCUCAUAUCUUAUUCAGGAGAUGGGAGUGUAGCAUUUAACCUGAGAGACUUGUGGUGCCAACCAGUCAUCCUCCAGGCAGUUUAAAGAAGGCUGCUUGCUAGGUCAUGUAGCCCCAUCUGCUACAAGGCACAUGUUCUCUCCCCACUUUUUAUUCUAGCCCACCAUCUGCCUUUUCCUUAGAGAUAUGUUCUAACUCCAUCCAGGAGCAGUUGUAGUUAAGAUGAAGGACAAUUUUGCAAGCCUAUUUAGUGCCCUAAACAUUCAGAGAUUGCUCCAACCUUCUGACUGUGCUAGAAUAAUCAGCACACUCUCUGAGGAUUGAAGAACGUUGUGGUUUGUUUGGGAGUGGUUUCAUUAUUAUAGUCUUCAGCCUCAUUGGAGGGUUUUUCCUGUGAGAACUCAUCCUUAGCAGAUGGGGUGUGCAUCCUAUGAAAGGGCAAAGUUGAUGUAUUUCCCAGAACUACCAGAUCUGGAUUGCAAAGAUCCAGAUGACUGGAUCUUUGGUAGUAAGGAAAGUUGUUGCCAUCUAGUAGUCAGGAUUUUUGCAAGCCAGAUCAGGAAACUGUAGUGUUUCCCUGGCACAAUCAAGGCCUCUGCAGGUAGAAAAGGGGCUUGUUUAUAAAGCCAAUGAUGGCAUUGACAUACUGGUGUCCAACAUGCCCAGACAUACCAGCAAUAGCUUGGAGUUCGACUACUGCACUUACCAGGCUGGCAAUGGAAGCAGCAAUAGUUUUGCCAUUCUUUGAAUCCUGGUUCAACCAUCAUUUAGUACCAGCAGAGUGGGAACCUCCCUGCCCUGAAGUGACAUUUUCUAAACUUAUUUAGAAAGUUUAAAUUUUCUAAACCAACUUAUUUAUUCUGUAACUUAUUUAUUUAUUUGCACCCCACUCACUCCCUUGUGGCAACCUAUUUAUGAAGCUGAGAGCUGGGUCUGGUAUACAUUAAAAGCUGAUGCUAUGCCCUGGCCUGUGACCAGCAGUUCCUACCCCCUUUUCCCCACUUGGCCUUAGCAAGGGCAUUUCCUCUUCCUCCUUUCCUGAUUUUGUAUUCUUUGUCCUUUAUUUGCAUUGGGAUAAACUCUAUUUUUGUACAGCAACCAUUUCCUGUAGCAAU